GACACGAUGGGUUUCGAAAGGUCUGUGUUUUAUGGGCGAGACUUAUGUUUGGUGGAAGCUUUUUCAGGGUAGCUUUUCACUACCCGCACAAGAAUAUUUGCAUCCUCGAAGUUUUUUACAAAUCGACCCUCUCGUUGUCUUUUUGCGAUAAAUUCAUGCCAAAGAUUGACAAUAAUCGAGAUGCCUAAUAGACCAUCCUUCCAAUUUCGAUCCAUGCGUUCAAAUCAGUCCACUUGUUCAAAUCAAGGCGGUCGAUGUGAGUCAACUCGUAACGACGGCGCGCGACACGACUUGAGCAUGAGAUCUACCGUAGAUACGAAUCUUACGAGAUCCUUUUCUGUUAGCAGUGAGGUUAUGCAGAGAAAAGUAUCACAAAAGAACAAAUUCUUCAAAAAAUAUGGUAUUGUAAAAUUCUCAGCAAACACUGAGCAGAACGAGGAAAAUAGCAUGACAUGGCGAAGUCAGCCAAUACAAAAAGGGACCGCAUGGUUGAAGGGAAUGAGGAAGAGCAAGCCUGUUGAUAGCGUUAUUACUCUGAAAGACUCUUCCAUUGGACUGCUUCGUUCUGGUCGUGAAUCUCCUCGCGGAUAUGCAAAGAUGUUCGAUGGGAGUAUCUCGAGAGCAAGUAUAGAACAAUAACGCGGCUAACUGAGUAGAGACCAAACUCGCCCAAGCAACAAUGUUUGUACGCUGACCUAGCAUCAAACAUAUCGUCAAUAACAGAGUACAGGAGGAUGCCACGCAUCUGCAUCGUGAUAGCAUAUUCCGAAUCCCGAUACAAUUGAGUUCGGCGAUUUUUUUGUUUUGAAUUGAUUUGCGAUUCGUUUGCCUCGUCCGACAA